UGCUUUUCAGGUCUUGUUUUAUAUAACAAAAGCAGGGCAAUUUGGUCAAACCAUCUCUUCCCCUAUAAAACCCAAACCAUGUCUAAAACCAAACCAGAGAUCCCAUUGUCAAUCUAAUGAGGAGGUUCAGAAGACCAAAGGUGAUACCUUUACUAGAGCCAAAGCCUCCAUCACAACUACCACAACUCUCUCCAAUCCCAAACCCAUCUCUCCCUAAACCCCAACAAAACCCACCUUCCCCAAUCCUCACUGUCUCCCACCACAACACCUCAAACCACACCCAACUCAUCACCUUCAUCAAAACCCACAUCAAAAACCCACCUCUCACCCCCAAAACCCUCCUCCAUUUCCUCAAGUCCAAGCUCCACCACCACCCCACCUUCACCCACUUCGACUUCCACGUCUUCAACUGGGCCUCCACCAUCGACUCCUACCGCCACGACCACUCCACCUUUGAAUGGAUGACUCACUCUCUCUCAAACACUCACCGCUUCACCGAGCUGGGUUCUCUUCUUGAGUUCAUUGCUUCCAACCCAUGUCCCUGUUCCGAUGGCAUCUUCUCAUGCCCAAGAACAGAGCCUAUUUUCCGAUUUUCGAUCAGUGCUUAUUGCAGAGUUGGGAGGUUGGAUGAUGCUGUUAUGGCGUUUGAGUCCAUGAGGAGACUCAUUGAUGGGAAGCCUAGUGUUGUGCUUUACAACAUUGUGAUUCAUGGGUUUGUGAAAUGUGGUAGGCAUGAUGAGGCUUUGUGGUUUUAUGAAAAUAUGGGGAGGGAUAGAGUUAAGGGGGAUGUGUUUACUUUUAAUAUUUUGAUUAGUAGUUAUUGUCGAAAUUCGAAGUUUGGGUUGGCUUUGGAGUUGUUUAAGGAGAUGAGGGGGAAGGGGUGUAGUCCCAAUGUGGUGAGUUUCAAUACUUUGAUUAGGGGGUUCUUUAGGGAGGGGAAGUUUGAGGAUGGGAUUGAGAUGGCUUAUGAGAUGAUUGAGUUUGGUUGUGAGUUUUCGAGUGUGACUUGUGAGAUUUUGGUUGAUGGUCUUUGUAGGGAGGGGAGGGUUGAGGAGGCUUGUGAGCUGUUGAUUGAUUUUUCGAGGAGAGGAGUGGUGCCUGGGGGGUAUGAUUAUUAUGGUCUUGUUGAAGUGCUUUGUAAGAAGAGGAAAUCGAGUAGAGCAUUGGAGGUUGUGGAUGAGUUGUGGAUGAGGGGAAAUGUUCCGAGCUUGAUUGCUUGUAUUACUUUGAUUGAGGGUUUGAGGAGGUCAGUGAGGAUUGAUGAAGCUGUGGAAGUGAUGGAAAGGAUGCUUGAAGAGGGUAUGGUUCCUGAUAUUGUAACUUUUAAUUGCGUCGUUCAAGAUCUUUGCAAUUUGGGGAGAACUGAGGAAGCUGAUAAACUUAGGUUGUUGUCUUCGAGUAAAGGCUUGGAGCUAGAUGGCACGGCGUAUACCAUUUUGGCGUUGGGGUAUUCAAGAGAAGGGAAAAAGGAGGAGGGGAAGGUGGUAGCAGACGAGAUGCUGGAUAGGGGAUUUAUACCUGAUCUUGCUACAUAUAAUAGGUUGGUUGGUGGAUGAGUUAGUGUACAGUUUCUGUUAGUUUGCUCAGACAUGAUAUUUACUGACGACUUGAGUGCAAGACAGGCAUGUUAGAGAGUAGAGACUAGUAUCAGUGGUUGAAA